AUGCGGAAGUUGUUUCUACAGCUCUAUGAAGGCGGGUUUUAUUGGCCCACUAUGGAAAGCGAUACCGCAGAACAUGUGAGAAGAUUCCUCAACUACCAAAUACACAAAGACCUAAUCAGAACCCCCACCACCCUGCUUCAUAGCGUGGUAACACCAUGGCCGUUCCACAGUUUGGAUUUAGACAUUAUAGGGCAGAUCAACCCGAUGUCCUCGAAGCGCCACAAGUACAUAAUAACCGCCACCGAGUACACUACGAAAUGGGUCGAAUCGAUACCUCUCAAAGACUAUGCCGGGGCAACUAUUGCAAGAUUUAUCAGAGAAUACAUUAUUUGCAGAUUUGGCGCGCCCAUGAUUAUCAGGGCGGAUAAUGCAAAGUCGUUUGUAAACAAGGAUGUAAUAGAUUUGCUACGCCAAUAUAAUGUGAGUCUUCAUACGUCAACCCCUUACUAUCCUCAAGGAAACGGGCAAGCCGAGGUGAGAAAUAAGACGUUCAUCCGGAUAUUGAGCAGGAUAGUGGAAGGCCACCACAGAGAGUGGCACAAACAGUUCCCGCUCGCGGUAUGGGCAUAUACAAUCUCGAAAUGGAGUUCCACGGGGGCGUCGCCAUAUUCUCUGGUCUAUGGGGAGGACGCAAUUUUACUGGCGGAUAUUGCAAUUCCAUCUUCGUGGGUAGCAAUGGCUAGCCAUACGACACCAGAUGAAGUAAGCCGCUUUGCCCAUUUAGAUACAAUAGAGGAGAGGAGAGCCCGGGCGGAACGAUUUGCUGAGGCGUACAGGAAGCGCACAACGAAAUAUUAUAAUCAGAACGUAAAGGAAAGGAGAUUCGAGGUAUACGAUUUGGUCCUUAAGAUUGCUCCUCACAUGCAAAUAAAUUCUAGUGCAGGGAAAUUCGCUGGGAAGGACCCUUCAGAGUAA